AAUAAUAGCAGGUUUGGCAACUUCUACCGGGAUUGCACGUUUCAGGAACUCGGACCAUCAGAGUGUACAAAUUUCCAAUCAACCUAAGCCGAGGUGCUGAUAAGUGCACAAAGUGAGCACUUGUGUGCGGAAUCGCCCAAAUCAAAGAAGUGAUAUCACACAGCAGUGACGUUGGGAUCAAAUCUAGGCCAGCGGCGGAGGGACUAUAUAAACCACUAGCUUAUGCAGGUUACCACAAGCAGUGUGUCACUAAAAAAGGACGGUGGAUCUUGAUCUGAGUUCGAGUGCUCACACGUGUAAACGAAUUGAGAUGAAUUACUUUGUGCUUGCUGCGUUGCUCGUGCUGUGCUGCUGCUGCGCUCUGGAUGCGCGACCUGCGCGGUUCCGCUCGCGCCCUUUGGACAACUCGGAGACCUGGAACAACAUCAUGGUCAUGGCCAAGCACGCACAAGCGCAAGACCGAGACCAUGAAACUCGCCUGAUUCCAGUGAUUCCAAGCGACAAAUUAAAAGAAGGGGAUGUUUGCUGUGCCACUAUCAAGAUCCUUGAUUACUACCUCAGGCACAUUCUGGAUGCGCAGGUGCAUGAAGGUGUGGAGCACCACUAUCCACGCCUUCAUCUGGUCAAGCCUGAUUUAAACAGAGUGGCUAGAGACCUCGAACCACACUGUAACUCCAAGCAGGCUGAUGUGGAGCACUUGCGAACUUUCACGCAGAACCUGAAAAGAGCCGGAGAGAUGUACAAGAAUAAAAGCAAAGCACAGAACAAGGCAAUUGGGGAAACUGAUAUUCUGUUCCAUUACCUGUAUGAGUCCUGCAGUGCCACCAGCACAGCCUAGACCUAUGCAAGAACUUCUGCAAUAUGUUCUCAGAAAAAAAGUGUACUAGACUGUACGGUUUCUUGUUGCUGAAGUAGUGCACUUAAGUGUAUUUUACACAUAGACUGGUGCAUUUGGACUGAACUAUCAUCCAGUUUUUGCCUUAAAACGAUUUUUUAAAAAUGCACUAUAUCAACAGGUGAAAGGUGCAAAAUGUAAAGGUAGGAAAGACUUAUCCUUAAGCAUUCCACCUCAUCAACAAGAAAAGCUACAGUAUAGUAUUUUUUUUUCCUGAGUGUGCAAUUGACUGACGACAAUACGUAUAUUGUUGCUUUUUUUUAUAAUGAAAAGUGUUUUGAAAAUAUUUCUUACGAAUAUUAUUUAUUGUAAUGUUUUAUUUAUUUGCUUUAUUUAUUCAUCAAUAUGAAUUGACUAAAUUAUUGAACUUUGUAUUGACAAUAUGGGCUUCACAUGAUGUGUGAAUUAGUUGUUUUUAUGACUUUAAGCCACACAAGUGGACAGCAACAAAACUGACUUGUAAACUGAAUGUAUGUCUAAUGUCAGAGAAGAAAAUGUAAAUGCAUUGUAAAAGCAUUCAUAUUAUUAACUUUUUUACUUUUUGCAAUUAUUAAAAAAAAAGAAAUUAUUUAAAACUUCUGUAAAACAGAGUUAUAAAUGUUUGGCAUAUCUGUUUUGUACAUUUUAUUUUCAUAUUCACAAUAAAAUCUUUAAAAACUAAAAA